AUGUCGUUCGCCUUCAACGCGUCGCUGGCGUCGCAGGCGACGCCGCUGCUGCCGCUGCAUGCGUCGCCGGCCGCUACGGCGGACGCUGCAUACGUCGAGGACUGUCGCGCGGCGCAGGACUUGGUGCAGCAGCUUCGCAGGUUCGCUUCAUCCGUCCGGCGACUGAAGGCUCAAAUCGAGGCCACCGAGGCCGCGAAUCUCCCCACGGCCCUCUCCGCCGCGACCCCGACCGGGCCCUCGCCCUCGCCCUCGGCCGGGCCUGUGCCUGCUGUCUCUCCGCUGGAGGUUCUCCGGCAGCGCGCUGAGCUUCGUGAGCAGCUCGAAAGCGCUAGGGGGGCUGCCGAGGAGGCGCAGCAGCGUCUGGCGAGCAUCUCGAUGCAUGCCAGCGCCGCGACGUCGCCGGCGGAGAAGCAGCAGCGGACCUUCAUGUGCAGCCGGCUGCUCCAUAGUCUCCACCUCGCCAUGAAGAGCCUCAAAGAAGCCGCGGAAGGCCCGGAGGCGCGCAGUGAGUCCUCGCCCUCUGUACAGUCUGCCGUGGCGACUCCGGCGGCGGCGGCGGCCUCGGCGGCCUCGCCGGCGUUCGCUUCGCAGGACUCGAAAGACCGCACCGAGGCUGCGCAGCGCGAAGACCUUCUGGAGCUGCUGGCGGCUCGCCAGCGACGCGCGCAGGCCGCGCUCGCCUCGGAGACGCGGUCAGCGCCUCGCAGAGCCCAACAGCGGCACGCGGCGGCGGCGCAGCGGGCGAAGCAUUACGGGCUCGAGAGCCACAAAGGCGCGGCGGUCGCGGCGGCCGCGGGCGUCAUCGGCACGCCCACCCCCGGACACGAGGAGGAACGCGCGGGCAAAGAGGAGGGCGAGGCGCCGCUGGAUCCCGUCGCGGGCGUCGGUGUCGUGGAAAUGGCCGCGGAGCGCAGGUCGCAGGGGGACGCGAGGCAACGCGAGGCUCUCGUCGCAGCAUCCAGAUCGAACGUGCCGGUCGAGAUUCCGGAAGGCUGUGUCGAGCGGGCUAUUCGAGAAGAGCAGCGCGACAGCCUUGCUAAAAUUCAUCGCGAGAUUCAAGGCAUUCAAUCGCUGUACGAACAGCUCGCCAUGUACAUCGACAUUCAGCAACCGGGCAUCGACGGUGCAGCAAGUCUCUUGUAUGCGACGCUGGAGACCUCCGACCAGGCCGCGCGCGAGCUGACUCAGGCGCGACAACUGAAGCACGCGAACGCCCGAAGAAAGUGUCUGCUGUGGGUUCUUGUCGUCUCUCUCGUCGCCAUCAUUCUCUGGCUCCUCCUGUUCUUCCAGUGA